AUGCUCUCCAGAAAGCCCAAGAUGGAAUCUGUAUACACCAUUUCACACGGUGCUUUGGGAGGCGCUGCCUGGAAUAUGGCUUUAUCCCCUGAGCUGAGAGACUCAGGAUCAUCUGACUCUGAGGCAGAGCGAUCAGAACCGCUGCUGCCCGCUUCGAAUGAUUCAUCAAGCGAAGACGACAAGGACGGCGACGACAACGAAGACGACCACGAAGCAGAAGAGGAAGAUUCUGAGGAGGGCGACAUGUCCGACUCAGAUAGUAGCUCUUCUUCCUCCGAGGAGAGCCUCAAGUCGACAUCUGGCACGAGCUCUUCGGCACCCCCCAGGAGCAAAUCGGCGUCUAAAAAUGUUGACAGAGUUCUCGCUGAACAGAUGCAACUCUUGCAGCUCAGCCCGAACGUCAAUGAGCUAUCUGAGAUCAAGACCGUGCCUCUUUUCACAGAGAGUGUUCGCAGGCGCGCGGUAGACUUGGCUCCUUCUAACUCGAGCCCUUUCCCGCAGUACGGCCUGCUUGGGGGAGUCACCUCCGGCGCCAACGAAGAUGAGGUACCGGCAGAUCCGCGAGUAUUCUACAACAUUGCGGCUCCGUCAAGCGUAUUUAUCUGUGGUAGUCAAGGGUCUGGCAAAAGCCACAGCCUGUCAUGCUUGCUUGAGAACUGUCUCAUUUCAUCGCGUGCAAACGUCUUGCCCAGGCCACUAACUGGAGUCGUGUUUCACUACGACACCUUCGUCUCGGAUAACGGCGGCGAGCCCUGCGAGGCUGCAUAUUUGGCUUCUAAUCGGAAUGUGAAAGUCCGGGUGCUUUGUGCGCCCACAAACAUUAAGACGAUCAGGAGAGUAUACUCUAGAAUCCCUCAUGUGACCGUUGAGCCUCUUCGCCUGAAUGAGAGCGAUCUGAAUACCAAGCGCAUGAUGUCCCUGAUGGCAGUAGAUGACACGCAGGGCAUCCCGCUUUACUUGCAUGUCAUCCAGCGCAUUCUGAGAGACCUGCGACUGGAACAACAAAAACAACCUGACAGAGCCGAUGGACGUGUUGCUCCUUUUCAAUACGCAAAGUUCAAGAUGCUUCUCGAGCAGGAGAACAUGACGCCGGCUCAGCUGGCGCCGCUGAAGCAGCGUCUUGAUACACUCGAAAGCUUCAUGGUUGGAAAACAGGUUCAUGCGUACAACUCGGCAAACGUAGGCGUUGCUCCUAAGAAGAUCAAGGCCCGGAAGAACGAGCAAGGAACCGAUUGGAGCCCCGAGGCACAGACAGCCUGUUCACUCUUCAAUAUAUGCCUCAGCUUGUUUCUCGAGCAAGAUACCAAAAUCGGACGAGUCGUCGCACUCGAUGAGGCUCACAAGUAUAUGGGUGGUGGCACAGAGGGUACAGAGUCACCGGACUCUCGCACUCUGACCGAAAAUCUUCUGCAAACGAUCCGGCUUCAGCGCCACCAAGCCUGUCGCAUCUUUAUUUCAACCCAGGAGCCCACCGUCUCGCCGGCCCUUCUUGACCUUUGUUCCGUCACUAUCGUGCACAGGUUCACAUCUCCAGCAUGGCUAAAAGUGUUGAAGCAACAUUUGGCAGGUGUUAGCUCCUCGUCGUUGAUGCUGGAGAAAGCAUAUGGAGGCGGCAAUGGCGAGGAUGACGGGGAAGGCAUUACUGCGAUCAAGCUGCGAGACAGCAGUGACUCGGUCUCCGCUGACCCGGCAGUGGAGGUAUUCUCGCGCAUCGUCAAGCUGCGUGUGGGCGAGGCGCUUGUGUUUGCUCCCAGUGCCGCCAUAGGCGUCAAUGCUCACACCCGCAAGCAACGGAGUGAGGGCUCUGCUUUCCGCAAGCUGGGCAGUGGUAUCCUCAAGAUUCGGACUCGGGCCCGAGUCACUGCCGAUGGAGGUCGGAGUAUUAUGGCGGACUAA